AUGCCAUACGCGCAGACCACUUUUCUUAACCUCCCAGUGAGCGAUCUCGCUCGCUCAAUUGCCUUCUAUACCUCGCUAGGCUUUGUUCAGAACCACACCUUUUCCAAUUCCACUUCCGCCAUGAUUUCUCUCCCUAUUCUAACCCACUUCACGAAUCCACAUGAGUCGCCGAUUAAAAUCAUGCUACUUUGCCAUGAUUUCUUCGAGAGCUUCCUACCACCAAAUAAGUCAAUGGCAAAUGCGAAGACCACAGCGCAGAUGAUUUUUUGCAUCAGCCAGGAGAGCAAAGAAGCUGUAGACACCAUGGUGAACAAAGCAGCCGGGAGCGGUGUGGAUGUCGAUAUCCGCGGAAGGAAUGAAGCGCAAAAGAAAGCUGAGCAGAAUUCAGGAAUGUAUAUCCGCAACUUUGAAGAUCCAGAUGGUCAUGUUUUGGAGGUCGUGUAUAUGCCAGUCCAGUGCUAUGAAGGGAAGGAGUGA